GCAGAGAGAGCCAAUCACAAGCUACCGUGAUCCUGAUCAGGGAAAAAAACACUAAGCGGAGGAACAAGAGUGAAAAGCUCAUCUCAGAAAAGAACUCAGGAGGACAUUAACAGAAGUCAUAUUGAUAAAGAUGCAAGGUCUUUCCUGGCUACUGGCUGCGGCUGCCCUGUGUGCAUGCGGAUUAGAGGUGGAUGGCCAGUGCCGGGACAUCACUGACUGCGCAGAUCUUGAUUCUCAAGAGAAAAUAAUGCAGCAAACCACAGCAGAAGAGGUGGAGAAAGAAAGCCUGAGCCUGGGUGCAUUGCUGUCAUCUCUAGUUCAGGAUAACGACCUUCAGGGAAAGAGGUCAUACACAGGGCCUUUCCGCACCGAUGACAGGCGCUCCUACUCCAUGGAGCAUUUCAGGUGGGGUAAGCCAAUGGGCCGCAAACGCCGCCCUGUCAAAGUCUACACUGGUACCUCUGAUGAGGAGAUCAGUGAGGAGCAGUCAUUGGAGACUCAGCUAGCCCCACAGACCCGACGGCAGCUGGACAGUCGUGAGGACAGGGGCCCAGGACAGAAGAAAAAUGCCAACAACACCGAGAAGUAUCGCAUGAAGCACUUCCGCUGGGAUGCUCCACCUGCACCUAAGCGCUAUGGUGGCUUCAUGAAACCCUGGUCAGAGAAGUCCAGCAAGCCUUUCAUCACACUUCUCCGUAACAUCAUCGUUAAAGAUGGACAAUAAAACAGGAAGAGAAAGGGCAAAAGGGACAAAAAGAAAACAGGUCACAGUGAAUAUUGGUGUUCUAUGGAUACAUAAAACGUUAAAGCAUCCAUAUCAUUACCCAUCUGUAGCUUCUCCAUACCCAUCUGCCUAAAAUCACCAGGACUCCAUAAAAUAUCAAUAUGACAUUAAAGAGUGUAUAGAGAUGAUCAAAUCUCCAAAAGUGACCAUUGGACCACAAGUUGCUUAUCAGUCAACUUCCAUCUUACAGCACAAUAUUAACAAUAAAAAAUAUAAUUGGUAUGA